AGGGACAUUGAAUGACUUUGGCUCCAUCACGAAAAUUACCAGUUUAAUUCAUAAACCUCAAACAUGGAGGCGCUUAUUCCCGUCAUAAACAAGCUCCAGGAUGUGUUCAACACAGUGGGGGCGGAUAUUAUCCAGCUGCCGCAGAUUGCAGUGGUGGGGACUCAGAGUAGUGGAAAGAGCUCUGUGCUGGAGAGCCUGGUGGGCAGGGACCUGCUGCCUCGUGGGACCGGCAUCGUAACCAGGCGACCCCUCAUCCUGCAGCUGGUCCACGUAGACCCUGGAGACGCCAGGAAAAUUGAUGACGGCGGUAGAGAAGGUGAAGAGUGGGGAAAGUUUCUACACACGAAGAACAAGAUCUACACAGAUUUUGAUGAAAUCAGGCAAGAAAUUGAAAAUGAAACGGAGCGAGUAUCGGGGAAUAAUAAGGGGAUCAGCGAUGAACCCAUUCAUCUGAAGAUAUUUUCUCCUCAUGUUGUCAACCUCACGCUGGUGGAUCUGCCAGGAAUCACUAAGGUGCCCGUGGGUGAUCAGCCUAAGGACAUCGAGGUGCAGAUAAGAGAUCUAAUCCUGAAGCACAUCUCCAAUCCCAACUGCAUUAUCCUGGCUGUCACGGCCGCUAACACAGACAUGGCGACCUCGGAGGCCCUGAAGGUGGCCCGCGAGGUCGACCCCGACGGCCGGAGGACGCUGGCCGUGGUGACCAAGCUGGACCUGAUGGACGCCGGUACCGACGCCAUGGAUGUUCUGAUGGGCCGAGUCAUCCCCGUCAAACUGGGCCUCAUCGGAGUCGUCAACAGGAGCCAGUUGGACAUCAACAACAAGAAGUCUGUGGCCGAUGCGAUCCGCGACGAACACGGUUUCCUGCAGAAGAAAUACCCGUCUCUCGCCAACAGAAACGGAACCAAAUACCUGGCCAGAACCCUGAACAGGCUACUGAUGCAUCACAUCCGAGACUGUCUCCCCGAGCUCAAGACACGGAUCAACGUCCUGGCAGCUCAGUACCAGUCCCUGCUCAGCAGCUACGGCGAGCCCGUGGAGGACCAAAGUGCCACCCUGCUCCAGCUCAUCACCAAGUUCGCCACAGAAUACUGCAACACCAUCGAGGGCACGGCCAAGUACAUCGAGACGGCAGAACUGUGCGGUGGAGCCAGAAUUUGCUACAUAUUCCACGAGACUUUUGGCAGAACAUUGGAGUCUGUGGAUCCUCUGGGAGGACUCAGCACCAUAGAUAUCCUAACAGCCAUAAGGAACGCAACCGGCCCUCGUCCGUCCCUUUUCGUGCCUGAGGUUUCCUUCGAGCUGCUGGUGAAGAAGCAGGUGAAACGCCUGGAGGAGCCCAGUUUGCGCUGCGUGGAGCUGGUCCAUGAGGAGAUGCAGAGGAUCAUCCAGCACUGCAGCAACUACAGCACACAGGAGCUGCAGAGAUUCCCGAAGCUACACGAGGCCAUCGUAGAAGUGGUCACGUCCCUCCUGAGGAAGAGGCUGCCCAUCACCAACGAGAUGGUCCAUAACCUGGUUGCUAUUGAGCUGGCCUACAUCAACACUAAGCAUCCAGACUUUGCAGACGCCUGUGGAGUCAUGAAUAAUAACAUCGAGGAGCAGAGGAGAAACCGGAUGAGAGAGCUGCCCGCUGCAGUGCCCAGAGAUAAGUCUGCUGGCAAAGGCCCGGCCGGCCCAACUGUGGUUUCUGGCGAGCCCCCUGCGUCUGGAGCAGACAUGGACAGUGCCAAGGCUCCAGCAGCAGGGCCGCAGGCUGAGCAGGACGGCACCGGGAGCUGGAGGGGGAUGCUGAAGAAAGGCGAGGACGCCCCAGGCUCUGGACCCGGGAGCCCCCUUAAAGGAGCUGUCAACCUGCUUGAUGUGCCUGUUCCCGUUGCCAGGAAGCUGUCAUCACGUGAGCAGCGGGACUGCGAGGUCAUCGAACGCCUCAUCAAGUCCUACUUCCUCAUCGUCCGCAAGAACAUCCAGGACAGUGUGCCAAAGGCAGUGAUGCACUUCCUGGUCAACCAUGUGAAGGACAGCCUCCAGAGCGAGCUUGUCGGCCAGCUGUAUAAAUCUGGCCUCCUCAAUGAUCUGCUGACCGAGUCGGAGGAUAUGGCCCAGCGGCGCAAGGAGGCUGCCGACAUGCUACAGGCGUUGCAGAAAGCCAGUCAAGUGAUCGCUGAGAUCAGGGAAACGCAUCUGUGGUGAACAAUAAACCUGAUCCGUCAUCUCCUCAUCAUGCCUCAAGGACCGACGCUCCGUGCACUCAUCAUGUCUGAAGUUUUGGAUUCACAACCAUGAACAUGAUCCAUACUCCAAUGUGCAGUAGGUACCAUAUCAGCUUACAAGCUACCUGAAAGAAAUGUAAGUCAGUUGAUUUGAAACGCUCGGUGUUGUUGUCUGGCGUUCAUUAAAAAUGCACUGCCUCUGUUUGCUAGUAUUCAAGGUGAGGUUUUUAGACGCUCUAGUUGCCACCCACGGCUCCGGCAAGAAUCGAGAGUGCAGCCAAAGGCAAAGUACUUUUCAUUUUUUUGACAGACUGUGGUUGACCAGUAUGGAAAUGGACUUUUGUGUGAAGUGGGAAUCAAAGUUUUUGAUGACAUUUUGGCAGCUCUGCAAAGCAUUCUGAAAAAUGUUUUGGCUUCAGGGUAUGUAUGAGAAAAAAAAAAAUCUAAAUUAUUCAGCCCCGCAUUUGCAACUGUUUCAUUUAGGAAUAGCUGUCAUGUGUCAGAAAACCUCCAUCACUGUCAUUUUUUUUUUUUUUGCACUAUUGUCACCACACUGUACUGUAUAGCAAGUCCAUUAUCCUGACACUGUAUUGCCAUCAGAGUCAUUAUUUAUUAAUGUGUUAUGUAAAUGUGUGGAUAAUGUCAUGAGCACUACUGCAGCAAAUCAUUUAAUUAAGUUUACACAUUGCUGCCUACAUGUGAAAUUUAUGGUGCACUGUGGUUCUGUGUAUGGUUCCCAAAAGAAUGAAUAAACAGAGGUAUUUUAUUGCCACUUAA